AUGUCAGACCUUCGCCAGAGACAAGUUGCAUCGUCCGCGUCAAAAGAACCCGACAAUCAGCCUGCAAUCGAUACCAAGUUGAAAAAGCAGAAGCGCAAUGGCAACAAGCGCACCGGCAUCAGCCUGUUGGAUAUCAUCCGCGUGCUGGUCACGUUGGUGGUGGCAUCGUGCGGAUUAUCAUACUACAUGACCUCGUCCGAGUCUGUUCUUUGGGGGUAUCGUCCGUGGUUUACGAGGUGGCCGGUGUUGGUCCGGUAUAUCAAAGGACCCCUCCACCUAACCCUCUCCGACCUGACCCUCUACAACGGCUCCGACCCCUCCCUCCCCGUCUACCUCUCCGUCAACAGCACCAUCUUCGACGUCUCCGCAAACCGCAUGAUGUACGGCCCCGGCGGGCACUACAACUUCUUCACCGGCCGCGACGCGACGCGCGCUUUCGUGACGGGCUGUUUCCAGGAAGAUCUGACGCACGAUCUCUCCGGGGUUGAGGAGAUGUUUAUCCCGAUCGAUGAUGGGGAAGUUAGGAGGUUGAGUAGUGGGGAGCGGAAGAUCCGGCGCGAGCAGGAUGUUAGGAUGGCGAGGGCGAGUGUUAGGAAGCAGGUGGCGCAUUGGGAGGGGUUCUUUCGGAAUCAUAAGAAGUAUUUUGAGGUGGGACGAGUUGUUGGGUUGGAUGAGGAGCCGAAGGUUGAGAGGGAGCUUUGUCGGGCUGCGCAGCAGCAGAGGCCGGAGAGGAAGGUGGACUAG